AUUGCAACAGGGAAACUCAUUGAUUCUGCUUACCCUCCUCCCCCGCGCCCUUCUGAACAACACCUUAACAUCACGUUUUACUUAAACAGGAGGAUGAAGUUUGUAUUUGUGCUAUCGCUGAUGCUGUGUUACAGUUCAGCUCAGAGUGCUGAUUCAAGUGAGUAUAUUGUUCAGUCCAACCUAUGUGAGUGACUACCUUUCGUAAGCGACCAUCUAACCAAAACACCAAAACGUUCCUAGUGAAAGCCCUACAGUUGGAACCUCUAGUAAACGACCACCUCCUGUAGGCGACUACGACUAUACUAUUUGGUUCUGACGGUUUAAUGAUUUCCGUUGGUUUUGACUUCUUGUAAGCGACCACUUCAUGGUCCUUCAAACAUUGUCUGAUCUCUAUUUUGGCCGUGUGUACUAUGCUAAUAGGAAUAUACGGAGAACUUUAGCAAAACAUGGAACGACACACUUGUAAUAACUUAUCUUCUAUGAAAAAAGUUGUGUUCGGACAUCUCCUUAAGCGGCUGUUGAGUCUGCAUUUUUUGUGCUCUCUUAUGGGGGCUAGCACGUAUUUUUAUGGCGCAGAAUAUACUAUACGCCCCUAUUUUUCUCCUGUCUGUCCACCCGAUCAGCUGACAUGGAGAAAACAGAAACCAGUGUUUAACUACCAAACAUCUGGCAACUUUUCUUCUUUAAGGUUUUUUUGGCAAUUUUCGUGAUCCACCUAUCGUGUUCAAAAAGUCAAUCACAAAGGUCAGAUUUGAUUUCAGGUAAUAUCCUGUAAGUUUGCCACAUUGCAUUUUUAAACCAGUGGGAAAAUAGUGGGAUUUAGAAAAUUCGUUUAGUUUGUUAUGUCAUCUAAAACGUUCGAAAAAGCAAAAAACAUAGAAAAAAAGAACAUUGAGGGCGAGACCCUUAAGUUCUCUAUUGAUUAAGAGAACACAAGUCUACGUAUAAAAUUACAAUCUGAUUUUAUAGGAUGUGGUUCUGUGGUAAACAACACCUUGACAAGUCCUGGAUUUCCAACACCAUACCCCAAUAACAUGCACUGUGUGUACAACGUUUCCAUUCCACCCGGAAAGGCGCUGAAGAUCAGUUUUUCAACUUUUUCCCUGGAACCACAUACUCGAUGCGGGUAAGUAAUUUAACAAUAGACAGCUUUAGAGUCACGUUUACGGCAAACGGCAAACGUCAGAUUCAAGUUGAGUUGAUCUCAAAAUUAAAAAAAAUAGCAGGUAUAAAAACAGCUCAAACCAAUUCUUAUGGAUAAAACUGGCGUGAAACAAUUCACUUUUUUGUAGAAGUAAUGAACAAUAAACAUCAAGAAAAGGGAAAACUUGGUCGCGUGGUACAGAUUCACUUUUGCCGUUUACAAUAAAGUUAACGUGACUGAUGACAAUUCAAACAAUUGAAAACCUGACUCAGCUUUGGUAAGAGUAGACUAGGAACUUAACUUCAAGUGAUACUUUUUACUCUAAAACGUAACAUUUUUGCUGGUCAAAACAUACUUACGAAUUCCGACAUUCGGCUUGUACGCUGCAAGUUUGCGGAUCUGUGAUAUUAGGCCUAGAAAUAAGACAAAAUCAGGCUUCUAAAAACACAGGCUGGCAGGUAAGUAUAUUCCCCCGGGAAAAACACCGACCAAUGAGAAUAGCCCUCUAAUUUUAAAAUAAAGAUAGACCUAGCUUUAACACGAAGAAGAAUGUAAAACACACUGAUACUCUUUAAUUCUUUUAAGAUACUCUUUAUUCUUAAAAGAAUUAAAGAGUAUCUGCCAGUAAAUUAGCGGUCUGGUCGAUAUGGCGUGAAAAAUAGAUUUCGCUCAUUUCUUGUGCGUUGAAAGACUUUCAUGUACCUGUACUUAACGGCCCCAAUUCGCUAGACUGUAUUUUUAAAACUCUCGAAUUUUUGAGAAAAUUUUGGUUCACCCUAUCCAACGCUCGCGUUGCGCGGCUUAAUUCAAGGCUGAAAAUCAACAAAACUUUGGAUGUUCAUUUGGAAAGAAAUAGUAAUUAUUAGAUAAAAGAAAUAACGCAAAAAGCCAUCAUAAUUCCUUUGACAUAACACAGCCGCGUUUUCUGCCAACAUUAAGCACAAUUUAACGCCAUGGCAAGAUUUUAACGAUCCCCUUCCCGCAAUGAUGAAUCAAGUGGAGCCAAACCAGCCCCCAAAUGGGGUCCCAAAUGUGUCAUUCGCUCUCGGAUAAAAAAUUGAAGUAGAGUAACAUAUAUAGAAACCAUGAUAUUUUGUGCAAGAUUACUUCCGAAAAAAAUAUAGUUUCUAAGAUUUCUUCGAUUCUUUCUUCUCCUAAAAUACUGCCUAAACAGUGCAUUUAUUAGUCAUUGACCACGUGACAGCUUUUACUUCAUCAGUAUGGUAUUUCUGUUGUUUCGGAGCAGACGGCUUUCUCUCAAAAAGUUCGUAGCGGCGGAGAGCGAUGGGAGCCGGCCGUUCCGCAGCCUAAGCAAAAUGUAAACUAUUAUUUACAAAAUUGAACUUUCAUUGCUGGUGUUAUACUCGUAGAUAGGGUCAAAAGAUGUAGAGACUUCUCAUUGGCUAAACAGAUCUAACCAAUGAUAUGGUUUUCGAUCUGGAAAAUGCCAUAGCUUUUUUAAAAUCCAAAUUAAGAUUUUACGCCUUAAGGCUUUUACGUCAGUUGAGAUGAGCGAAAUCCCUUUUUACAGGCCUUUGUCAUCUGUAAGUAGGUCGAAAGCAAGAGAACAUAAAAGCCCCUUGUUGAACGUUAAUUGGUAUUUGUUAGACGGCGGCCAUUCGACUGCUCGGGAGUGACUCAAGUGCAACAUAAAUUGAAAGAAUUUGAUCGGCGGCUUGAUAUUCCACAGAAACGUUUGGAGCUUCCUUAAGGUCUCGGUAAAUGAAAAUUUUAGUACAUUGCUCGAUUUUGGUUUUUUUGGAUUUUUGGCAUGAGUGGGUCCUAAAUUUUAUUUUGGCAGAAAAAGAAAAUCAGAAAGUGCUUUUUAACCCUUCUAAAGUGAGCCUUUUCUGAGCUAACCAGCCAAGCGUGGACCUCGCGCUAAAUCUUUAGAGCUGAUUUUCUCUCACUCUAUUUUAGACGCAAAAAGCAAACUUCUCCGACCUCCAGUCGGGACAGGUUUUAAGCUAUCGCUUUGAAACUUUCAGAUAUGAUGGAUAAUGAUAUAGACUCAAAAAAGGUGUGAGGAAUUUUCCGAUUUCCCUUUGUAACUCAUUUUAUGUCAGUUUCUUUGCGUAAAUCGCGCUCGAGAUUCGACGUUUUAGUUUGAAAUGCAAUAAUUCCGCUAAUACGAGACAAAUGCAAAUUUCCUCACACCCUUUUUUAGGUCUUUUAUCUAUCAAUCAGACGCAAUAAAAAGGAAGUGAAUAUUUAACAACGCGAAAGGGCUGGAGCUUCAGCAGUAAACUCGAUACCUCUGAGUUCGAGAGCAAAAAACUUAAGCGCCUUUUGAAAUUCGAUGAAAUAAAGUCUUUUAUAAGGUAAUUUAGUCUUUUAGCUUUAAUUUGAUAUAUAACUUGCCUUUGUAGCGAAAAUACUCGCGCGAGUAGAAUUGUUUGCUGUGGGCACCUCGUUUUCCUUUACCGAGACCUUAAAUCCACCAUAAAGCAUGCACGACUCGCAAUAGCGUUCCGCACAGAUUGUAAAAAUAGUCUAUGUCUGAUGAGACCCCCCGCAUGACUCAGACAAACUUUGCCUCUCACUCAAGGGCUUUGUAUUCGCUUUUACCGAGUGUUGAGUCAAAACAUUGAUUUUUUCACGCAUUUUUAUCCGAAUAUGGUAAACAACAAGCGUUGCAGCUGGGAAGAAUGUAAGAGGGACCCAAGAAUCCGAAAAAGUGGUCUGAGUCACUAAAUAAAUGCGAGAAAUCCAGAAAGAAAGCGAAGUACGCUGUGUUUUGUGGCAGUGAAACGGGGAAACUUGAAAGAGGUAGAUACAUGGCAGUCUUAAAUUUAUUCCAUUUUCACGAAUUCUCUGAUUCAAUUCUUCUAAAAACGUAAAAUGUUUCUUUAGAAAUCUUACGUGAUUUCAAACAUUGCCCUUGGUUUGACUCAAUUGUCGACCUUGGGCAUUUUGUGAAAUCUCAAUGUUUUCAACUCUUCACUGGCGUGACGUACUGAGUCAGUUAUCAGAAAACUUAUCAUCGAAACCUCCCUGAAGCACUUGAUGUUUGUUCGCAAAUGCUAAGCAAUUAUAAAAAGGGUUUGGUCCUGUAGUGCACAAAUUCUCCGAGCUUGAUGAUAUUCGAAUCUCGAAUCGUGGGGACGGUUUUCAAAAUACUACAGCACGGAACAGCCCAGCAGUCUAAAUUGCGUCUCUCUGUCUUUCACGAAAAUCUGAACUUAUCGAAUAUCUGGUAUGGCUACGACUUUUUCUACUUCAGCACAGAAAUCGAACUUUCUAAACAAUUAUCAAAUUUUCUUUAAAGAAUUCGAUGAGAAUUCUUAAAACUUGGAGGUAAAUAUCAGCUAAUCUUGAAAACAUUUACCGACUCGGUUGCAAAUAAGGUAUCGACACAGGGUGUUUGAGAGUUCUUGCAUUUUCCGCUCUGCUUCAAUCCUGUACACUUGAGCCAAGGGGGGUAAGGGGGGGGGGGGGUGGUGGUGGGGUCUGGCAGCGAGGUCUGGAACCGAGUUUACAUGAUUGCCCCCAGUAAAGAAAUUUGACCGCGUGAGACUGAGUACCAAUUUUCCUUCAAAACAAAUAUGACGGAGAAUGCAGACAUGGAUGGACAAUAAGUUUUUGCACAGUUUUCAGUUUUCCCUUUUCCAAACAUUAAGAAAAGGUUUUCAUGAACUUUUUUUAAUGGAAUUUUUGGACAUCAGCAGGUAUGAUGUAUAAACAGUUCAUGGGUGACUCACUUUUCGUGAUUCGGCAUCUCGGCAAGCUCCGUGAAUUUUACGAGCGACCACCCUGCUCCAUCUCUUAUAUUUUUCCGUUAAUAGCGGUAUCAAGACUCUCUCCCUUAUCCUAAACACACGCUACGAGCGCACUACAUUAGUUUGAGUCUUGCAACAGUCAUAUAUGAAUGUUCAUGAAAACAAUUUUCUACUUCGCUGUUUGUAAGUUUGUUUGUACGCUGGGAGCCACAACAAACAUUUAUGGGCUUAAAUACAGAAUACAAUUUAGUAAAAGCCUAGCCUGCGUGGCAGGCGCAAAAAGGGGAGGGGGAGGGGGGAGGGAGAAAGGGAAGAGGGAAGGGAGCGCCUGCUCUAAGAGCCUAUGUUUUUGCAUAACGCCUACCAAUUUUCUAGGAAUCCGAUUACGCUUACUGUCAAUCAAGUGUCGCUACACUCGCCAUUGCAGAAAAACAUUACACUCACGGACUAAAGAAAUUCGCUUAGUUAUUCAGAUCCAGAAGGCACUUUGGAGAAAAUUGGAACCCUUAUUGAGCCGUAAUAAAAAAAGCUUUACGCUUCAAAAAAGGUCAAAGAAAUUGCGCUUGCAUCAGAGGGCAAAUCGUGCCGACCGGAAAACAAUAACUACAGUCAAUCGAUAUGUAUGUCAUGACCUCUCAGUGUGAAACAUGCGGCUAAAAUAACAUUUGCUCAGUAUAAAUGCAGAACCUUCCAGAGCAUAAUCUACCCAGCAGAUAAAAACAACUUUAUUGGAAUAAGCAGCAUUUUGGCAUGAGGUAAAAGCACCCUCUUUUAUUGCUAAGUUACAUCGGCGAAUGUCAUCGUUCGAUAAAUUGGCUAAAUCUUUCGCUGGGUAGCCCAACAAUUCCAUCUCCUGCAACUGGUCUUCGAUAAUUCUUUUCAGUGGCGAAAUGACGAGAAUCGCCGCAUUACCAUUUAGCUCGUAGUUCUUUGCGCACACAAACAUUUGGUAAAUUAAACUCUGAUCUUGCCGUAUCCGGUCCGCAAAACCGCCAGAACAUCUCUGUCGGCUAAAAGAGCCCUUACUGCUGAUUCUUGCUCUGGUUUUAAAACACUUUCUCUACCACUAGAUAAAUUCACAUCUCUCAAAGCACUCUCUACGACAUCCACGUCUACCGCUGCCAUCUAGACUGUUUGUUGAUUUGUGAAACGCGCACUUCAAUAUGUUACUCAUUACGGCUCAGCCAAUCAGGAAUUUGCGGACGCCAGCGUCCGCAGAUAUGAACAAAAGGGGGUUCUUAGAGCAGGCGUCCCCUCCCCCUCUCCCCAAUCCCCCUCCCCUUUUUCCCUUCCUCCCUAUCCCCUACCCCCUACCCCUUUCGACGCCUGCUACGCAGGCUAUAAAAGCCAGGGUAAAUGUUCCAAUCACUUUGCUUCACAUAUACUGGGUCUGUAAGUACAAGCUAUUUUUAAUAUCAGAAGGCUGGGAGAGGUUUACUGAACCUUCAAAAUCUUCACUGGAACAUCAUUGGAGUGAUAAUCAAUAAAUAUUUCCAACAGCAAUACCGUAUUUAGUAGUUUUAUAUUAGAUAGUGACUUCGGUUUCAAUUAUUUCUUUGAAAUUGUUUGUACAAAAAUUUCCCUAUAACUCUGAAUUAUACUUGAAAUGAUUAUAAUGGUUUAGUGUGGGGACAAGAGGCUAAUCCAGCUGCUAAUAAGAGUGAGUAAAUCAGAGAGGGGAAUGCGUUGAGAAAACCCUUAAAGGACUGAAGUACAAGAAACAGAAAAAAGAAAAUUGAAUGUUUUGCAAAGUUUAUAAAGAGAAUCAAAAGGAGCCUGAAAAAUGAACAACUUCAGUUGUUGGUGUAAGUUAUGAAUCUGAUUUACAACUAAAAUAAACAGGGUAAAAUUGAUUUUUUUUUAUCAAUCAUCAAAAGAAGUUAUUGUCCCUUGAACCCAAUCCCCUCAGCAGUUCUUUCUACGACACUACCCUUGGCUUAUUUGGCCUAGAUGGGUAUGUGCAGCUGAUUUAGGGUGGUGACCAUUUCACCCUUGAGACUUUUGAACAGGGUGUCUGCUUGGGCUGUAAAGGUUGAUGAAGAGCAGUCUAUAGUUACAUUUUUGGUACCACCAUUUUUUUCCCGAAGUUUUUUUCCAUGUUUCUAAGUUUAAAAGCUAACUGAAUUACGUAAGCUAAAUGAAAUGAAUCAGAUUAUAAAAUAAGGUCUCUUGGUUUAAAAAGGGUAGGGAAAUGAACAAUGUGUCCUACUACGCAUACCAAACCCAGGGAGGAGAUCUCACAUUUUAAUACCCUUUACCACUUGUUGUAACAGCAAAGUCAGUAAAGGUUUAUGCUCUCUAAGAAAUGUUUUUACCUGCCUCAACACAAGCUUCUAACUGUUAUGUUGACUACAAAUAAUAUUAUCUUAAUAAUCAUUUUACAUUUUUUUUCCAAGGCAUCCUAUGCUGUUUUUCAUAUCCACUAUUACAAGGCAAUUUUUAAGUUGAGAGGGUUUGAUUUCAUUAACUACAUUUUUAUACAGGUUUGGGAAACCAACCUGGCACGUUGAUGUCCAGAGGUGUAAAAAGUUAUAUGCAACUGUAUGGAAAAAACUGAUCGCAGUGGCCAAAGGAAAGGCAAAAAUAGAAAUGUCACCAUUUUCCUGAUUUUAUAAAUUUCCUUUGAAGCAUAUUUAGCCAGAUGUGGUCCUUGUCAAAACAUGCAAACUUGAACAUUUAUUUUCUGAACUUCGCUAAUCUUUUUUUAACGAUAAUCUUGUUCCAAGGGGUAGUGUAGUUUUUGAAAUUUAUAAUAAUUUUUUCCUCUCUGUUGGCAACAAAACACACUUGAAUGAGGACUCAAACUGAAGGCAGUGUAAUAAAUGGUGUCAUGAAAAGAGAAUUCCAAACACACAAAAUAAUAGAGAGAUUAAGAUUCCCUUUUACGUCAAACGGCAAACGUGAAUUUGCACCACGUGACCAAGUUUUUCCGUUAAUUGUCAUGUACUGUUUAUUACUUCUUCUCAAAAAUAAUUAGUUUCACGCCAGCUUUAUUCGUAAGAAUUGUUCAGGACAGUUUUUAUCUGCUUACUUUCUAUUCUGAGAAAUUCUCAACUUAAAUCUAACGUUUGUCGUUUGCCGUAAACGCGAAUCUUAAUCCCUCUAAUUACCCUUUCAUUUGCCUAAGCUUCAUUUGUUGGAAACUACAGUAAAGUUUAAAUUAAAUCACAGGAAGAUAAGAACUUAAGCAUAUCAACAUGCGCAAAAUCAAGAGAGAAUGAUCUCUUGGCAAAAUUUAUUUAGUUUCUAGUAUAUAAAGAAAUACAUGAACUACGAGAUUUGACCAUGCCACUCAGUCAUGCAACGCAACUCUGCCAGGAUAAGGAUAAGUUCACAAUCAAGGAUGAAGAAUUAAGACUCUCAAUCAUCAUUUCUUGUCGUCUUAAAGGUGUAGUAAAACCGUAAACAACUCUGACAACUCCUCUACUCGACCACAGCCACUGCCCUUUUUUUAAUAUCUCAAAGAAUUAAUUUUGACCCUUUUACUUGAAAAUAUAAACUCUUCUACAUACGUAUUGGAGGGUUGGCCCUUCUUUUAGUCUUGUGGGUCUCCUAAACAGAAACAGAGCUUGAAAGCCUGCAUCUAGAGAGAUGAAGCGAGUCAAAAGGUCCGGCAUCGAGAAACAAUGUCUGUUGACGAUCAAUUUUCACUGGUCUCGUUCUUAGCGUAGUAAACCGCAUGUAAUGACAAACGCAAGACCAGAAGAAAGGAAAACGUAAGCUCCACACUACCGCCGACAAAAAUUGGUUACAGCAAAGAAAGCAAUGGCCAACGGGACCAAAAGGGAAUUCAUUUCACACUGUCGAAUCGCUGCGAAGACUAUAACUUCGUGUUCUUGUUCCCAGCCCGUUUCGCGCAAGCUCGCUAUGAAAGAUUGACAGAUUUCUUAACUGGGGCGAUCAUGGAAAGUAAAAAAGCGGCAAGAUCAAAGGCCGUUGCCAGCCUCCCGCUCCCAAAGACUUGAGCUAUGUUUUGAUUUGCUGUACAUUAUAUUCUCCUGGAUUUUCCUCGAAUUUCGAAACUGGGACUCUCCUCAAAACGCUAAAAGGGCGAGCAGAACGGAUCGCAAACUGUGUGAGUGCUCUAACGACGUCUUGCAGAAAUGGCCAAUGUUUGUCUGAGUCUCGGCGGGGGUCACGUUUUUGUGACGUCAUCAGUACGCAGACAGGAGAGCAUAAAAGGCUUUUAUGUUCUCUUGGCGGUUUGGGUUAUUUCUAAGAAUCUAACCGCGCUUGAAAAGUAAAAAAACAUAUUAUUCCCUUGUAGGUAUGAUUAUUUGAGGAUUGUAGAUGAUGACAACAGAACGCCUGGUACCUAUUGUGGGCGCAAACUUGGUGGAAAGGCAGUUUUGGUAACUGGAAACUACGCAUUAAUAACAUUCCACUCUGAUAAUAUUGUACAAUACCCGGGAUUCCAGCUCACGAUAUUAUUUAUUGAAAAUCUAAAUGGUAUGUUCAAAUAAUUAAGAAGGGAGUCUUUCAUAAAUAGUAAAUAAAAUAAAAUAAAAUAAAGAAUAUAACUAAGUUGCCAUUCAGGUAAGAUGUCAAAGUUGAUGUUUAGAGGUCAAGGUGAGGUGCGCGGCAUUUUUAAGAAAACUGAUAAACAAACAAUACAUCUAAUAUUGGUAAAAAAAGGCAAAAUUAGAGGUCUCUUUUUGCUGUUGAGCAAACUCUAAGUCUGACUAGGAACACUACACAAUCUUUCAUUCGGGGUUAUGCUGUAGUGCAGUAUUUCUUAACGAUUUCGCAAAAUUUUUUUUUACAACUGUGCUGUCAAGAUUAAGAUCCUGAUAUCGGGGAUUGAACAAGAUGGUACUGAGAUGUUACUGCAUAGUACUGAUGUUUAAGACACGUUCGUUUGACCGUAUUAUACGUCUCCGAGAGAAAGUGAGAAAAAUGUUCUUUCCAGUAGACCGCAAAACAGUCGGUUUUUUCCUCAAAAUCAGUAAAGAAAUCGGUGCGUGACGUAAGAGUCUUAAGCGCGAGGCGCGCGGUCUCACACGCCCGUAAGGCGUCUGAGGAGAGAGAAAAAAAAAAUCUAGCAUUACCAUUGCUACUGUGUGAAAUGUAGUAUAUAAAGUGGGGGAUCAAAAAUGAGUGGAAGUGGCAGGACGCCAACAAAGCCUGUGCCUACUCUUUGAAUGGGGAGUAAGCCGAAAGAGCCGAGCACUUCCGAUAAAUUGUAGAAUUUCAAAACACAGUUCGGCAAUUGUAUGAGUGGAUGGAUAAGUUCCGAAAAUGUGUUUGUUGCGCCUACCAGAAAAGGAGAAACGUUACCAAAGUUGGCCGACCUACUAAAAAACGAACUGUUCGUUGUCCUCGAGGAAGGAGAGUCUUUCUCCACAAGAGUUUGCUCUCCGUACGGAACAAAGGUUAGAAAUUGGGCUGCGAUGCUUUCCCAAAUUAGAGAAAAACUGAACACGCCAACUGACAAUGAACAAUUAUUUCGAUUGAAAAGAAUGGGUAAAUCCCCUCAUUCCAAUCCACUUCUUCGUGAUUUGGCUCUGUAAAUCACUAUCCGUGAGAAUUCAGUAAACAUCCUGCUAAAAACGCUAACGAGCUGGGCCCAGCGUGACAAAACCUUGCAGGAAAAAGUCACAUUCGUGGACACGAAGAAAAUGGCUUAGAAUCAUUCAAAUCCAGGAGGCACUUUGGAGAAAUUAAACAACCAAAAACCCUUAAUCAGCCGCAGUGAAGAACUUUACAUUUCUAAAGAGGCCAAAAAAGAAAAUGCUCUUGCAUCAGUGGGCAAAUCAUGCGAACCAGAGAAAAUCAAUAUGCGUGUCACGAGCUCUCUUUGUCGCACUUUGUAACAAAAAGCGUCCAUCGCACUUUAUAAUAAACUUAGCUGUCGCAAUUUGUAAUAAUUCUAUCGCACUUUGUAAUAAACUUUAGUUAUUUAUGAGAUUCGCUUUUAUGACUUUGAUCUUCUUCAUAACAUGAAACUUACUGUGACAUGUCGGCUUAUUUGUAUCCAUUUACUGUUUUCAUAGUCGGAGUAUAAGCCGUUGUAAAUUAUUGUUUCUGCGUUGUUUACGUUUAUUGCAGCUGUUUUUCGAGAGACCAUGACAGGCUUUAAAAGAAAUCUAUUAAAAAAGCGGUGUGGAGGUUUCAAACGUUAAGCAACACAACUUAGAAAAUCCAUCAGCUAGCGGCGUUCAUUAAAUCAUUUUAAAUGAUAAGAAACCAUUAGGAAGUGAUGCUGGCUAAUGAUAAGUAGCAGUGGUAAUGCAUUACAAAUAGUCAAGUUUUUAACCCUCGGACGUACAAAGGGGGGAGGGGGUUGAUGCCAAUCUUCCCCUGAGGUCUUUCUGUGUUUUUCCCUCCACAGCCCUCUUAGGUUUUUCUGUAUUUUUUCCUAGACGAUUAAAUAUUAGCAGCUAACCUUUUCAUUAGCCGUUUGUUUGUCCCUCUCUCACAUUUUGAGCAAGUUUAGUGAUGAUCAGUUUCUAUGGUUACGAUAUAUGACGUCAUAAGAAGCAGGUGGUCAAGCCAUCUUUGAGCGAAAAUGCAUGUUUUUUCAACUUCUUUGAACAAUAAAAGUAAAUCCUGUAGAUAAAAUGAAGCGAAGUACUUAUUUAGGUAUUACACUACAUGUCAAGCACAAGAUAUUUCCUACUCUCGGCGUUUUUACCUGAUUUCUAAUUCUUGGUAAAAUCCAAGAUGGGGGCUAAGAUGGCGAACAUGUUUGGUGACGUCACAGACCUCCAGCAGCACCUCCACCCAUAAAUUAUACCUCAUUUUGUCGAGAAGAUCAAAGGUUUUCCACUGAAAGUAGUGCCUUUUCAAAAUACUGCAGCACAUCUAAAACUCUAGCAAGGGGUUCCAUCAGUCAACGCGCCCUCGUACCACGGUGGGGGUAUGAUUUUGCUGGUACGUCCGAAGGGUUUAAAAUAUUUGAAAGAUGUUGUUGCAGUACAAAAGUCCGUCAAGUGAAAAAAGUUUUGUAUCAUUAAGCAAGAAUUAUGCUUAUCUUUGUUUUUUUUUUGGUUCCAUGAAAAUUAAGGAAAAUUUUUCUUCAUUGAUAAUUUAUCUUGCUUUGCCUGGUAGAAACAUUGAUAAUAUUUAUCAUGUCGUUCAAAUUCUUGUAGAGCAAUCUUUAGUAACCGAAAGAACGCUUUCUCUAUGUAUUUAGGUGGAGGUUAACUAUUAAAAGGUUAGAACAACCAAAGAAAUUUAGUCUUCUUGGCAGGCGCAAAAGGGUGAGGCAAAAGUGGGGUAGAAGGAGAAAGGCGCGAAAGGGAAAAGGGAAGGGAGUGUCUGCUAAGUCAGUAUUAAUAAUUUUCCUUAGCCUGUUCCAGGCUCCGAGAUAGUCGGGUCCGCGGGGAUUGAGAAAGCGCGAAAAUAAAACCGGGGGAGGAGGGGCGACUGGCAAGAGGAAAGGCGGUAGAGCCUGUAAUCAGUUUUUGAAACGGCUUCUUCCGGUAUACCAGCUCCUGGUAUACCCUCUGAUUGGUCAGAUUUGACAGCUUAUAUCAACACUUCUCAUUAGAGUUCUAAAGUGAUGACGUCAUUAAAUUUAACUUUUUGAAAUAGUGGAAUUUGUUGGGAUAUUUUGAAAGAAUAUCUGAGAGGCCUACUUGCCAAAAGCUUGCAUUGUUAGGCAAAUUGUCUCGGAGAUACUAUAGUUCCGUUUUAAACUGAUAACUCCAUACAAAUCUUCAUAAAUUUUACUCGUUACUUAAUGUUAUGAACUGAGUCUGAAAUUUAGAAGGAGGUUCGCUUUUACCGAGGUUGCCGAUCGCGAUUUAAUCGGUGGUGGCUAGUUGGUAAACUAGCGGAUAAGGCAUCUUGUCUAUGACUAGAAAAACGCCGCAGACUCGAGUUAUUCGUCUCGCUUGCGUAAGCAGCGAGAUUCAUAAUUUGCAAGCCGUUUUUCUUCAUAUUUAGAACACAAAAGGGCGUUCGGGUCCCAGGCGUUCCUAGCGGAGACCGUGAAAACUGGGAAUGAGAAUCGUUGCGUGACCGAAGCCACGCAUGUUUUGCGAAGAAAGCUUAAGAAGGAUUAAUAAAUGCAAUUUAGAGCUUUUCCAGAACGGGUCGGUCCACGAAUUCUAUCGCUUGAAAGAGUUUUAUUAUAACUUUCGUUUGAAAGCGUUGAUAACUUUGAAACAAGUGAACACUUCGGUGGUCGAAAAAAAAAUCUUAAUUAGCAAAGACUAACUGGUCGGGUGUUGUAAACUUUUAUCGUAUGCAAAUGAACCUUUUGAUGAGCUUGCGGUUUAUUUUCGACGAUGAUUGAAAUGACUUGCCAUGUUCUCAUCACAAUGUAAUUUCUCUCCAAUCAAGGCCCUUGAAUUUUCGUGUAAUUAUACACGCGUAUAGCCCGCUACCGCAGACGUAUCUCCGGUCGUUGCUAACACGCUACUUAGGGACAGACCAUUUCGUUUCUAUGGGGGGGGGGUGCACAGGAAAGUACCUGAAAAAAAAAAAUCAAGCAUGCGUGCUCGUUGAAUCUUAAAAAUACAAGAAAAAAUAGACCUCCUUAAUCUGAACAGUCAGGAGCAGACAUUUAUAAUCAUCCCCCCAAGAUUGCCCAAAUAAAUCUGCAAUGAAGACAUUUUCAGGACCACUUUAAUCAGUUCAUGUUGAAAACAAUAACUGAAUUUAUUGUUCAUAUCAUUGUGGCAUAACACUAAAAUUUCUUUUAUCAGUACAAUCCAUUUGCCACACACAGACACAAGUUGUAUUAUAAUAAUUAUUAUAAUUAUUGUCAAGACUCUUUCGGAGGUGGCCUUUUGGCAGGAACAGGGUCAAGAACUAAAAGAAAGCUACGAGGAUGCAUUAUCACCAUGCAAAACACUUACAAAAUGUUGCAGGUGUAAUGAAAAGCCAUCCUUUUAAUGAUGACCCUGAAUAAAAGGUGCUUUGGCGGAUAUUAAACACGUGAAGCAGAAAGAUACCUUGACAUUAAAUAUCCUAACAUCCUGUGUUUGAGAUAUGCCCAGAAAGUGUCAUUUUUACCCAUAUAAAAAUCAGAGAGUAGCAUAUGUUUUACUUGUGCUAUAGUUUCUUGGCAUUCAAAAUUCCCCCUCUCUCAAAAGGUGAUCCUAUUGUUUACCAGAAGGAUGGGUGCCAGACUGAAAGGUCCACUAAAUUUCUAAUAAAAAAAGCAACACUAAAUUUAAAGAAACACAAGAAAAUUGUUUUCAAAACUGCCCAUCCAUCCCACCCCUAACCAAUGUUUCUCACUGACGUGUGACGUAAGGCAGAAACAUGGGUUAGGGGUGGGGUGGGUAGGCAGUUUCCCAGAAACCUAAACUGAUCCAACAUCACUUCUGGCCAUAAACUCUACACAGCCAUAAACACUACUUCUGGAAUCACAAACUGCUCACUUAAUAAAUACCAAAAUGAAAUGCACAGUGUCAAAAUUCAGUGUUUCCAUUUGGUGUGUUCAGAUGAAUAUAUUAUACUAAGUUUUAUUUUCAAAAUAGACUCGAUCAUCUCAAAGUAAAUAAAUUUACCGUAGUUGUCAUUUUUAUUAAUAGUCUCUUUGAUAAACACUAUUGUGGCUGCCCUACGUACUGUUGUUGUUUCGCAAGAAACGCUUUGUUCUUGAGAUAACAACUUAGUACGGGUUACACGGCAAGAUGGCUUGAGAAUAACAAGGAUUUACAACGAUGAACGUGUUACACAUGUAUCUUAGUCUAUAGCAAGACAAAAUGGACGAUCCAAGACAAGUCAAAGGGUGCCUUUGGCUAAAUAGUGGACUGAAUUUCUUUUAGAAAUGAAAGCUGACAAUGAACUUGCAAUUAGUCUACCGGUAUAAUUUAAGUCUGUCAAAAAAUGAAAAUAUGUUUGAAAAAAUAAAUAAUUAAAUAAAUAAAACACUAGGAAAACAAAAACAAAACGACCAAAAAAAAAAAAGAAGAAAGUUUCUCACCGCGGAAGUCGAACCCUAGGCCUAUGGUGUAAGUUCAACGCGUUAUCUAUUGCGCCACGACAACUUAUGCUACAGAAAGCUCAACAUUGCGCACCUAAGAAGGAACGCAUAUAUCCACUCCAGUUUAUAGAGGGAGUGUACGGAAACUCUGUGCGCGCAGAGAAGAGUCUUCGAACUCUCCCAGAAAAAAAAGUGCUAAAAUUUCACGAAAUGCUUUCUAAAAAAAACACACCUCUAGUUUCAAGCAGAAGAGGAUCGAAAUUCACACUCCGUAUUUGGUUACGUUCAGUAGCCAGUAGGAAAACAAGAAUUUCGAUCCGCCACGCGGGUAUUAAUGUCAAGGUCAAAGCUUAGUGGAAAAAACGGCUGUACCGUUCUCGCCACGAGGAGAGAACAACUAAAUUAAAGUUGCUCUUGUAAAAGCAACUAAGCACAAAGCCAACCCGGCGACUGACGAGGUUCGUAUGGAGAACCGAAACCAUGGUCUUGCCUGAUUACAAAGUGGCAAUAACAAAACAGUCCAAAGACUGUUAAGCUUAUUCAAAAGACUCACACUACCCUUUAGAAAAACACUAAGCUGGAGUUUGCUGAGUCACAAUGCAGUUCUCCAAAGUUGAUGUAGCUUCAGUUUAAGCUGCACUUCAUUCUUACAAUUUUGGAUCUGUAAAGUACUAUCAGUGAUCAUUUAAUUGAACAUUCUACAAAGAAAGCUAAUGAGCUGAGCUCAGCGUGAUACAACAUUGCAGAAAAACAUCACAUUCACGUACUAAAAAAAUCGCUUAGUUAUUCAAUUCCAGAAGGCACUCUGGAGAAAAUUAAAACCCUUUGAAGCUGGUAGAGCUUUAUUUAUGAAGAAUUAAGAGAUAUAUUCGAGAACAAUAAGCAGGGUUUUGACGGUAAAAGCUGCACUUUAACUCAUUUCGUCGCAAUUAAUUGAAGAACACAUGUCCGACAAUGAGCGAUUUUAAAUGUCUCGCAAAACCCAGGGGCACCCAACGAUAAUAUAGUUCAAAACCACUUAAACGUACCAUUGUUAAACGUAUUUUAGUGUUUUAAUGGCAGAUAUAGGCAUAUUCUCUCUAUUCAUCUGUUCAGAUUUCCUAGCUGAAAGUCUAGUGAUCCGAAAACUAUAGGGAUGAAAACUUACCUUUUUGAAAAUUUCAGCAAGAAAAAAGGCUCCCAAAAAUUCUACGUGACCUUUUUAGCGUAAAAAUCCGUUAAAAUGGGCAAUUAUACCAUUUUUUAGAUGUUCGAAAAUCCUAGGAGAGGCAAGCAGGCAAGAAAUUUUAAAACAAAUGUUCCGAAAAUUCUAGACCUCAAAUCGUCUUCCGAACAGAUAUUUUCCGAAAGUAUCCGUUAGGGGCCUCUGAAAACCGUCGUGAACUCUCUUGCUGACGGCAUUGUAUAGCUUGCAAUUCUCUGCAUUUACAUGAGGACAAUUAUCAAUUACGAUUAAUUGAGCAACAGUAAACAUUUCUGUUUUGAUUCAACAAAGAAACAUUUAUUUUUACAUAUCAAAAUUCCACAUGAAGACAGCUUAUCGUCCUGUGAAAGGUACAAAAUCAUAACGUCAGAAGCUCUGGGCGCAAUGCACGCUUAGCACUUCUUGAUCGCGGAACGGGAACGAUCGAUCUACGACAAUUGUUGUUUUGACAUCGGAAAUUUUCGUUCGAUCCGACUAAUUACGAAAGGUGUCUACAUCCGAAUGACACACUUGCAUAUCGCGGUGUCCACAAUAACUCGUUCCUUACGCUACGCGUAAUCCACAAGUUAAAAGGGGAUCAGGCACUUUUUCGGGCUUCUUCAAGGUUUAACAUAAAUAACAUUGAAUGAUAAAAAAAAAUCCCUGCAGAGACUUAUUUUGGUGAAAAAAAAAAUUCCUGCAAAUAGUAAUGCUGAAAAAAAAAAAAAUCAUACUCAGAAGAAAUUGCAUGGGUCGCCUCCUAAUUUCUUUUCUAAUCUCUAAGCAAGCGAGACUUAACGCCGAUAUUAAGAGCGUUGUUAUUUGUGUUAAUUCCUUCGGCUCUAGUGGUCGUUGGAUGUUUACAAAGGGCUGAAGCGAGGAGACAUAGGCUUCUAGUCUAUAGCAAGAAAGAACGUCGCAGGCAAUCGGUAAUCGGUUGGUGAAAAUUUAUGGCAAGUGACCGUUGUUAGCACUUUAAGCCAGUGGCUGACAGUGGAGAGAGAACUAGCUCCUUUUCUCAUGAUCCUUAUCCUUUUAUCAUGAUCCUUAACUGCAUGUUGUUGGAUUACUGUUUACUUGACGCUUUAAAGAGAGAAAUAAACACUCUCUGUUCAAUUUACGGACUGCGUUCGGUGUGUGAACAGUUGAAGCAGUCGGUAAAGGUAGCCUGAAUUUCAUCCAAUUGCUUCAAGUCGUUUUCUCCUCUUAGCAACGUCUGAAUCGACCGGUCGUUAAUGCCGUCCAGUGACGACAUCACUACUCGAAAACCGGGUAGUGAUUUUGAUUGGUUGAAAUUUUAGCGGGAUUGUCGCUUGAUAUUCAGCGGAUCACAUCCCUGGUAUGCUUGCGUGGAGUUCAAACAUUUCGAUAAUCUUUAUCGUAAACAGUAAAUUUGCCCUCGUCUUCUAAACUGAAAUGCUAAAUUGAACAGCGAAUGAAGAAUCAUUGCGCAGAGUCGGUAGGUUUUUCAUUUAGAGCCACUUUGUGGUUUCGGCAGUGAUUUUGUUUAUACGAAGUUUCUGAGACCAAUGUUGUAAAACGACCUUCAAGCUAUUUUCAAAGUCAAGUGUAAUGAUUCUGUGGAAGGUUUGAACCCAGGAGUCAUUUCAAAAGUAGGUUGAGUUUGAUCGUCCGGGUGAACGUAGUCCUGAAUAGGAUUGUUGUUAACAGUGACUGACGUUUCGACAACCUCUGCGGUAGCCAUCUUCAGAGUGAAAGUGAGUUGUAUCACGUCAGUUGAUGGUAUUAUACUCUAGUUAUUGAUCUGAUUGGUAAAUUACGUCGCGAUGUUAUUGGUCGUCUGUCAGUUAAGCCGUGAUGUUAUUGGCUAUGAAGACUCGUAAUCAGUAAUUGGUGCGCCUUUGAUAUGGAAAUGAUUUUUCAUUCUCGUGCAAAUAAAAGUCAUUUUCACAAGAAAGGUUGUGCACUUGGCCUCAUUUUGAAAGUGAGGGUUUUUGGAACUCGGAAGUGGCCUAUUACAACCGGUUCAGAAUACUGCGUGCAGUUGAUAGUUUGAGCCUUAAACAUGAAUUACGAUCGAAAAAAGUAAAGUCACUCUGUAUCAUUCAGACAUUUCCAAACGAUAUUUCUUGGUUUUCCACUUGAAAAUCGUGUUUAACUUUUUGCAUGAAUUAAAGCAAAGGAUUAGUGACGUCACUGGAUGGAAUUAACGGCUGGUCGAUUCAGACUUUAUUGAGGGAGUAAUAACGACUCGAAGUAAUCAGAUGAAAUUCAGGCUAUCGGUAAAGGUUGUUAUUGACUUAUCACCGCAGCACUUAGUCGAGCGCUUAUAUACAGCACGUUCACUAUCAAAAAGCAAAAAGUAUCGAGCCUGAAUAACAAGUACUACUUGAUCAGGUUGUUUAUGCGCCUUUUGGGUGAUGGUCUUGGACAUAGUUGCAGAAGUAUUCAAGGAGACUCCUGUGGGAGAAAACAGCUGUGGCGAAAAGGCACGUUCUUCAAGCCCUCUUUGUUUGAAGUGUGAAUAUUGUAAUAGGAUGGGCCAUUUUGUAUAUACCUUGUUCCCUUAGAAAGUCUGAGCAACAAAAAACGUCUUCAAAUCCUGACAAGUGAAUACAGUGAAACCUUUAUGAAGCAGACCCCUAAUUAAGGGGACACCCUCUAUUAAGCGGACACUAAGCCGGGUCCUGAAAUGAACAUCUUAUAUUUCCCUUUAUAACGAACCCCUCUUCAGCUGACACCUCUAUUAAGCGGACGCGGACACUAAAAUAAAUUGUAUUUCGCUAAUUUCUAUUGUUUAAAACCUCUAUUAAGCGGACACCGGAUUGAAUUGACAAUUCCUUGAAAUACGUACUGUAGUCGGUUAAUAAAGAUAAAUCAAUACAUUUAGCUGUCAGAAGACCGAUAUCCGGCCUUAUGAUUGUCAUCCGCGAUCAGAGUUAACCUAAAAGUCUUGCACAAAGUACGGCACAGCUUCCUUAGUUUCCUUAACAACAUGGAACUUUAUCACGGUACAGAGUAACCGUUGAAUGUUAAUCGAUAACAAACAUUGCGCUAUUUUUACUAACCUCUAUUAAGCGGACACCCUCUAUAAAGCAGACAUUUGGGAAGGUCCCGAAGGUGUCCGCUUUGUAGAGGUUUCACUGUAUGUCAUUUAACAAGUGAAAAUUAAUAGGUGUCAGGUAUCACAAAAAAAUGAGAGGAGACAUGAUAUACAGAACACUUAAACGAACGAGCAGUAGUAUUUAUUCAGCUCCAUAUACAUGUAUUGUGUACUGCAUUUUGUCCCCUUACUCAGCAUAGUUAUGGCAGCUUUGCAUGAAAGAAUAUAUCCUUAAUUUAAGGGCCUUCCCGCCUCGCGGGUCUUAACUGUUAUCUGCUUUCUUUACCGGGGUGAGCGUGAUUCCAGAUUCUUAGUUGAUAUAUUUGCCCAGUGGUAUCCUUGCCUUCGUCUGAAAAACAAAAUAAAUUAAACAACCAAACGUGGUGUAGGAAAGAAGGACCUUAAUUUCCAGUUUCAAGAAUAGCGAAGUUAAGGUGGCAUUACAUUUAGCUUUUUGGGGAAAUGAUGUUGAUUUGGGAAGAAAAUAAAUUAGGGUUGAAAAGGUAUACACAUAAACUAGUGUAGUUAGUCCGCUGAUGGGAUAAGAGGCACCUUGUUGAGGUGGUGGACUAUCUGGUAAUUGUCUACAAAUUAUUCACUUCAUAUUUUAAUUUUUAACAACCCCCAAAUCCAAUUAUUUAUUUUCCCGUUCUCCUAAAAUUUUAAAUAUCUUCCUUCCUAGCCUGCGUAGCUGGCGGUAUUGUGUAGUAGUCGAGUUUUCAGAUCUGGCGGCGAAGCCCCCAAGAGCGGCGUAAGCCGCGAGAAAUUCAAACCCCUCGUCCCCACUUUUUUUUUUUUUGGAUCACGGCUCCGCCGCUAAAACUUAAAUGGUGCACCGAGACAAUACCGCCAGCUACGCAGGCUACUCCCUCCCUAAACUUUAUACAUUAAAAACAUCCGAAAAUCGUUGAAAAGUUGAUAAAUAAUUAUUGAAUUAAGGACUGUAACUUAAUUGAGUUAUUUUUGGAUUGAAUGGAAUCUUGGCUAGAUAUUUAAGAAAAAGGGUCGAAAUCAACGAAAAAUAACGCUUUUAACCGUACUGCCUCCUUAAAGACGUUGAAAACAUGAUAAGCUCGUCGAUACCAGAACCUCGUUAAGGUCGGACGAGAGAUGACAGCCCGUGUACCAUGGCAGAAUGAUAGCUGAUAAAGGAAGGAAAGCUGACUGGCGAUAUUACAGGGUUGUUUCCGUGACUUAAGAUGUUUACAAUCUGGGGAGUUUCAUAAUGUUUCUUAAUGUUCGCAAGAAUCCUUAAACGAACAUCUGUCCGCUCGAGGUCAUAAAGCAUGUUAACACGGCAAGAGAUUUAGGCAUUGUUCUAAAGAAAGAGAAUUCCUUUUCGUCCUGUAAACGCUAAUAGGGUCUGCUAUAAAGCGUGUUACUGAGUUUUAGUACCUGGGUGUCAUCUUUUAUGAACACCUCAGUUGGCACGAACAUGUGAAAGCAAUUGUGUCUAAAGCUGGCAGGCGGGUCGGUCUGUUAGGACGUGUUUGCCGUUAUAUCACCACACAUAGUACUAAUGCCAUUUUUAUAUCUAUGAUUAAACCGACUUUAGAGUACUGUGCUGGGGUAUGGGGGUGCUGCGGGGAAGUAAAUAGUGUAACUCUAGAAACUCUGCAGAAGUGCGUUGGAAGAAUUGUAAUUAAAACACCUAGUAGUGACACUGCGAUGAAAGCUUUGAAAUGGCUAAGUCUUAGGUCCAGACGCGAUGAGCACAUCCUAAAACUUGUAAGGAAAUGUAUACAAGGCCGGUGCCCUCAGUAUUUUUAGAACUACUUUGUUUUUAACAAGGACAUUUGUGCUCUUUCAACGCGCCAGAGUAAUUUCUAGCAUCAGUGCCUGCCAGAACAACAGAAGUGGCCAAGAGAUCGUUUUAUUACCGUGGAAGUAUGCACGUGUCUGAUCGGUGAGAUGUAAAGAAAGCAUCUAAAUGCCUGUAUUUUCUUAUGUAUCGGUCAAAUCGAAGCUUCAACAUGCCCCCCCCGGGCAUACCCCGGGCAUUUGACACCUUUGACGUCCCGGGGAGGAGGGAAUUUGAUUAUCAGAGUCUUCCAAGGGGUGGGGAAUUUGAUCCCCAUGCUUUAGGUGUGGGGAAUUUGAACUGCACCCUCGAUUUCAUGUAAAAUCUUUUUCAUGGCGAGCUAUCAUGUGGGACGCGGUGUUAGAGGAUUUUCGUGGAAAAGAUUGUGCCUUUGUGGCCAAUUGGUUACGAGGAAAGGGCUUAAACAAGCUUUGUGCCGUAUUUGAAGUAUUUAAAUUUUAAAAUUUUAAAUACUGGAUUCAGGCUUUGAAUGUAUGAAUGUAUUUCAUUGUUGUGUUUACAAUGACAUACAAUACCUAUACCGGCGAUUCAAUACAACAACAUAAAAUAAAAUGAAAUAAAAAUCUCAGGUCAACUUCUUUGACCUACUGCAAGUAUGUUAAUUAAUAAGGUGAGCGAUGAUGCAUGUCAGUGAAAUGGUCAUGAUGUAGUAAUCUCAAUAGGUGGGAUCUUUUUUUAUAGAACGCUUUGUAUGUUGCAUGACGAAGAAAAGCUGAGCAUUCAGUGACCUUGUAGUAGCGAUUUCCGCCGCUUUGCACGAGACUUUUGUUCGUAGUAAAUACGCUAAUAGUGUUUCUCAGUUUUUGUUAUAUUUAUAAAGACUUUUUUCGACAACUGAAGGCGUUUUCGCCGUCCUUCAGUCAUUUUUGUGCCUGUGAAAUGUCCCCGGGGUGGGGGCAUUUGAUCACCUGAAUGGACCCUAGUGUGGGGCAUUUGAACGGGAUUUUGGCCCGGGUAGGGGGGAAUUUGAACAAAAAUUUUCAAAAAAGUCAAAUUCCCGGGGGGUUGCCCGGGGAGGGGGGCAUGUUGAAGCUUCGAUUUGACCGAUACAUUAUAGGCAAUAAAAGCGCCAUUAUGUCGAGAAGGCCGAACUGCUUAGGUUUUACACAAGCCGUAUAAGGUCUGUUUGCAAUUACGCGAUUCCUGUGUUUCACGCUUCGUUACCUCAGUACCUAAUCGACGAUUUGGCUCUCUCCAUCAUAUGCCCCACUUAGCGUUAUCCUACGACAACGCUCUAGCUUCGUUAGACCUAGAAUUAUCACUAGUGGUUCAUCAUCAGCACCUGUGUCAGUCCCUUUUCGAUGAAUAUCUUAGAGGACAGAGAUCAGCGUCUUAGUCACUUACUGCAUACUCGACUCGCAUACCCGUCUCGCAUAGUUACACCCUCAGGCAUGCCAGGAAUUAUCUUAUUAAUUCCCAUUGCCUCCGUGUAAACUCAUUAGAAUAGCCAUCAGCUUUUUUAAAUAAAACUUUGUUCGUAAUUUAUGCUUAUGUGUUCUUUAGAGUUAUAACUUCUUUAAAAUCGAUUAUAAUCUAUGCGUUUUCUAUAAUUUGGUAGUUUUUAUAUUUUAUAGUUUAUACGUAAUUUAACCUCUGGCUGCAAUGAGCAUGCCGAUAAAGUAUCGAUCCAUCUCCAUCUGUCUAGUGGAUAAAUAUUCAAGCUUUAUUAUUCUUAACAAACUUUAAUAGCACGGUUUAAGCCCAAGGGACGUUCAGCCAACUCUCUUGUAUAGUAGGAGGGGUUUGAAUUUCCCCGUACGUUGGAGCACAGGCAAACCAAACUUUAUACAUACUUUUUUGGCUUUGAAGGGUAAUUCACUACAAUAUAGAAAUAAACUUCGAUCAUUCCAGGCGGUGGGUUUUGCUUGAGUGCCCAUUUCCUGUGUGAGUUGGGCUGGUUGUUUUGUAUAUACGUGUAUCUGGAAUCUAGUUAGGAAACGACAGAAUCUUGAAAUGCAUCGCUUACUUUUCAGUUUCAUGUGGGUCAGUAGUGAACAAUAGCCUGAAAAGUCCUACAUACUCAGAUGGCUUCUACGCUGGCAACAUGAACUGCGUCUACAAUCUUUCGAUUGCAGAUGGUAAGAGGAUGAGACUCAAGUUUCAAAGUUUCGACCUGGCGUCAGAUUCAGAAUGCAGGUAGGAAUAAAUACGUCUAGCUUUUCUUAUCUGAAGUUUAAUUUUGAGUUUGCUGGUCAAAAACUUAGAAGCAUAGAAAAAGGUUUUCAAAUAGGUUCAUGUAAAAUAAUUCAGUCGUACAGAUUGUCACUUUCAUCUUUACGUUUAGGUCAGCUACUGACCCUUGAGCCCUGAUUGGUGGAUAUUUUAACAAUUACGAGAAUCGGUCCGAUAAACCGUUUUUUUGGCACCUAGCGAGGUGAAUGUGUGGGGGUAUAUUUGUUACUGUACAGCAACUUGUAUUGAAAGAGAUUUUCUCGUAGGGUCGAUUAUUUGAAAAUAACGAAUGGCAUCAAAGAAGCUCGAUACUGCGGUGACCAGCACAGUGUGAGAGACCUUCUUGUAUCAGGAAACUACGUUGUAUUAACAUUCCACUCGGACUGGCUGCUCGAGAACAAGAAAGGAUUUGAAAUACUCUUCGUUCAAGAAAAAGGUAACAACUUUACAUUUGGGGCCAUUUAUACGAGGAAAAAUAGGACGUGCCCAAAAUAAGACGCGAACUUUACCGUUUCAACGGCACAUUUUGUCUGAAAUAAGACAAGAUGCGCCUUAACUAAGGAUAGCCCUUAACACCUGUUCUUAGGUAAGACGCUCUUGGCUAAGUCGCGUCUUAAUUCAGACGAAAUUAAAUGUGCCGUUUAUACGGUGCAGUUCGCGUCUUAUGUAAAGCGGACGCUUCUUAUUUUCCCUCGUAUAAAUGGCCCUAAUUGCUCCACCUCUAAGAUUGAACGAAUCCACUUCAUCCCGGCCGGGAAAUGGAUAACGAGACACGCCCGCCCAGAAUUUCUUUUAUCCCUAUACAAAUUCCACCAGAUCCGAGGAUCUUUUUCUUUUUUUUUUUUUAAAGAAUAAUAGCACAGUGGAACAAUCUCCCUUCAUCAAGUUUCCACUGGAUACUUCUUUGCGGGCGACAAGAGGAGCCCGCAGACUAUUCUUGGGUAGAGGCCCUUUAUAAACUGUAUAGCAAGUGUUCUGAAAUAUUCAUGAAAUGUAAUAUAUUCAGUUUACGUAACUUGUAUAAGAACAUGAGGUGUUAAGAACAUUUAAAUAAAUCAUUCAGUCCUCAACUGUCGAAGUACGAACAUGGUCCUUCGAGCCCUUUUACAGGAAAGUUAACUAUAUACUAUAGUCCCGUCCCGUUUUGUUCUGAUGACUCGAUACAAUUCUUCAUAAAUUUUGCUCGGUACUUAAUGUUAUGAACUGAGUCUGAAAUUUAGAAGGAGGUUCGCUUUUAACGAGGUUGCCGAUUUAAUCGGUGGUGGCUAGUUGGUAAAUAGGGCAUCUUGUCUAUGACUAGAGAAACGCCACAGACUCGAGUUAUUAGUCUCGCUUGUGUAAGCAGCAAGACUCAUAAUUUGCAAGCCGUUUUUCUUCGUAUUUAAGACACAAAAGGGCGUUGGGGUCCCAGGCGUUCCUAGCGGAGACGGUGAAAACUGGGAAUAAGAAUCGUUGCGUGACCGAAGCCACGCAUGUUUUGCGAAGAAGGCUUAAGAAAGAUUUAUAAAUGCGACUUAGAGCUUUUCCAGAACGGGUAGGUCCACGAAUUCUAUCGCUUGAAAGAGUUGAUAACUUUGGAAAAAGUGAACACAAUUAGCAAAGACUAACUGGUCGGGUGUUGUAAACUUUUAUCGUAUGCAAAUGAACCUUAUGAUGAGCUUGCGGUUUAUUUUCGACGAUGAUUGAAAUGACGUGCCAUGUAAUUUGUCUCCAAUCGAGGCCCUUGAACUUUCGUGUAAUUAUACACGCGUAUAGCCUACUACCGCAGACGUAUCUCCGGUCGUCGCUAGCACGCUACUUUUUUUUUUUUCGGGGGAUGGGCACGUACCAAAAAAUGGUCCUACAUAAGAAAUUUAAGCGAAAAAAUCAUGCAUAAGAAAAUACCUGAACAAAAAAAUUCAAGCAUGCGUGCUCGUUGAAUUUGUUUAUGAACAGGUAUUUAAAAAUACAAGAAAAAAUAGAUCUCCUUAAUCUGGAGAGUUUUAUUUAGACAUUAUAUUAAUUAUUGUCAAGACUCUUUCGGAGGUGGCCUUUCGGCAGGAACGGGGUCAAGAACUAAAAGAAAGCUACGAGGAUGCAUUAUCACCAUGCAAAACACUUACAAAAUGUUGCAGGUGUAAUGAAAAGCCAUCCUUUUAAUGAUGACCCUGAAUAAAAGGUGCUUUGGCGGAUAUUAAACACGUGAAGCAGAAAGAUACCUUAAUAUUAAAUAUCCUAACAUCCUGUGUUUGAGAUAUGCCCAGAAAGUGUCAUUUUUACCCAUGUAAAAAUCAGAGAGUAACAUAUGUUUCAAAAUCCCCCUCUCUCAAAAGGUAAUCCAACUGUUUACCAGCAGAAUGGGUGCCAGACUGAAAGGUCCACUAAAUUUCCAAUAAAAAAGCAACCCUAAAUUUAAAAUAUUGAAUAAAAAAAGGAAACACAAGAAAAACGUUUUCAAAACUGCACAUCCACCCCACCCCUAACCAAUGUUUAUCACUGACGUGUGACUUAAGGGCAUUAACAUGUGCUAGGGGUGGGGUGGGUAGGCAGUUUCCCAGAAACCUAAACUGAUCCAACAUCACUUCUGGCCAUAAACACUACACAGCCAUGAACACUACUUCUGGAAUCAUAAACUUCUCACUUAAUAAAUACCAAAAUGAAAUGCACAGUGUCAAAAUUCUGUGUUUCCAUUUGGUGUUUUCAGAUGAAUAUAUUAUAUUAAGUUUUAUUUUCAAAAUAGACUCGAUCAUCUCAAAGUAAAUAAAUUUACCUUAGUUGUCAUUUUAAUUAAUAGUUUCUUUGAUAAACACUAUUGUGGCUGCCCUCAUUCACAUCUUUAAGAAAAAAAAAACGUACUGUUGUUGUUUCGCAAGAAACACUCAAUUCGUGAGUUAACAACUUAGUACGGGUUACACGGCAAGGUGGCUUGAGAAAAACAAGGAUUUACAACGAUGAACGUGUUACUCAUGUAACUUAGUCUAGCAAGACAAAAUGGAGGAUCCAACACAAAUCAAAGGGUGCCUAUGGCUAACUAGUGGAUUAUUUUUUUUAGAAAUGAAAGCUGACAAUGAACUUGCAAUUAGUCUACCGGCAUAAUUUAAGUCUGUCAGAAAAUGAAAAUAUGUUUGAUUAAAAAAAAAAAAUAAAAAAACUAGGAAAACAAAAUCAAAACGACCAAAAGAAAAAAAUUCUUACCGUGGAAGUCGAACCCUAGGCCUAAAUGUGUAAGUUCAACGCGGUACCUAUAGCGCCACGACAACUAAUGUUACAGAAAGCUCAACAUUGUGCACCUAAGAGGGAACGCAUAUAUCCACUCCAGUUUUUAGGGGGAGUGUACUGAAACUCUGUGCGCGCAGAGAAGAGUCUUUGAACUCUCCCAGAAAAGAAAGUGCUAACAUUUUCACGAAAUGCUUUCCAAAAAAAAAAGAAAAAAACACCUCUAGGAUAGAAAUUCACCCUCCGUAUUUGGUUACGUUCAGUAGCCAGUAGGAAAACAAGAAUUUCGAUCCGCCAAGCUUAGUAGAAAAAACUUCUGUACCGUUCUCGCCACGAGAAGAGAACAACUAAUUAAAGUUGCUCUUGUAAAAGCAACUAAGCACAAAGCCAACCCGGCAACUGACGAGCUUCGUUCAGUAGCCAGUAGGAAAACACGAAUUUCGAUCCGCCAAGCUUAGUAGAAAAAACGGCUGUACCUUCUCGCCACGAGAAGAGAACAACUAAUUAUAGUUGCUCUUGUAAAAGCAACUAAGCACAAAGCCAACCCGGCAACUGACGAGGUUCGUGUGGAGAAUCGAAACCAUGGUCUUGCCUGAUUACAAAGUGGCAAUAACAAAACAGUCCAAAGACUGUUAAGCUUAUUCAAAAGCUAUUACCAAGGGAGGAACUACGCGCUACAGUCAAAAGACUCACACUACCCUUUAGAAAAACACUAAGCUGGAGUUUACUGAGUCACAAUGCAGUUCUCCAUAGUUGAUGUAGCUUCAGUUUAAGCUGCACUUCAUUCUUAUAAUUUUGGAUCUGUAAAUCACUAUCCGUGAUAUUAAUUUAACAUUCUGCAAAGAAAAGUAAUGAGCCGAGCCCAGCGUGAUACAGCAUUGCAGAAAAACAUUACUUUCACGGACUAAAACCCUUUGAAGCUGGCAGACCUUUAUUUAUGAAGAAUUAAGAGAUAUAUUCGAGAACAAAAAGCAGGGUUUUGACGGUAAAUACCGCACUUUCACUCAUUUCGUCGCAAUUGAAGAACACAUGUCCGACAAUGAGCGACUUUAAAUGUCUAACAAAACCGUCGGGAACUCUCUUGCUGACGGCAUUGUACAGCUUGCAAUUCUCUGCAUUUACAUGAGGAGAAUUAUCAAUUACGAUUGAGCAACAGUAAACAUUUUUGAUGCAACAAAGAAACAUUUCAUUUCAGAAUGAUAUUUUCCUAAAAACCAUGAGAUUGGGAGUCUUGUCGUGAGAAAAGUUAAAAAAUUGUGAGAGUCACGACAGUAUCGAGAGCUCGCCUGGACGAGUGAAAAAAGGUUAAAAAAUUCAUAAACUUCUGUCUCAAAGUUGGCUAUAGUGCUAAUCUGAAACAUAUCAAAUUCCACAUGAAGAUAACUUAUCGUCCUGUGAAAGGUACAAAAUCAUAACGUCAGAAGCUCUGGGCACAGUGCACGCUCAUCACUUCUUGAUCGCAGAACGGGAACGAUCGAUCUACGACAAUUGUUGUUUUGACAUCGGAAGUUUUCGUGAGAUCCGACUAAUUACGAAAGAUGUCUACAUCCGAGUGACAAACUUGCAUAUCGCAGUGUCCACGAAUUAAAAGGGGGAUCGGGCUUCUGUCGGGCUUCUUCAAGGUUUUUAUUCUAGGUAUAAUAAGAUGACAUUGAAUGGUAAAAAAAAUCCUUGCAGAGUCUUAUUUUGGUGAAAAAAAAAAUUCACAAAUAGUAAUGAUACUCAGAAGAAAUUGCCCCCCAACCCUUGCUCUGUCCCUAAAUCAAUUCAGAAACAAACCGUCGAAUACAAUAUAAAAAGUAAAUAACCUGCAGAAUACUCGAUGGUCGAUAAAGUAGGAAGUGAAAAGCCUUUAGCAAGUAAAUCCUGUUUCGCCUAGAAUAAGUCGCCUCCUAAUUUCUUUUCUAAUCUCUAAGCAAGCGAGACUUAACGCCGAUAUUAAGAGCGUUAUUGUUUGUAUUAAUUCCUUCGGCUCUAGUGGUCGUUGGAUGUUUACAAAGGGCUGAAGCGAGGAGGUAUAGGCAUCUAGUCUAUAGCAAGAAAGAACGUCGCAGGCAAUCGGUAAUCGGUUGGUGAAAAUUUAUGGCAAGUGACCGUUGUUAGCACUUUAAGCCAGUGGGUGACAGUGGAGAGAGAACUAGCUCCUUUUCUCAUGAUCCUUUGGUAUGUAACUGUAUGUUGUUGGAUUACAGUUUACUUGACGCUUUAAAGAGAGAAAGAAACACUCUCUGUUCAAUUUACGGACUGCGUUCGGUGUGUAAACAGUUGAAGCAGUCGGUAAAGGUAGCCUGAAUUUCAUCCAAUUGCUUCGAGUCGUUUUCUCCUCUUAGCAACGUCUGAAUCGACCGGUCGUUAAUGCCGUCCAGUGACGCCAUCACUACCCGAAAACCGGGUAGUGAUUUUGAUUGGUUGAUUGUCUAAACAUUCGCUUAAUUAUGCAUAAUUAAGAGAAAUUUUAGCGGGAUUGUCGCUUGAUAUUCAGCGGAUCACAUCCCUGGUAUGCUUGCGUGGAGUUCAAACAUUUCGAUAAUCUUUAUCGUAAACAGUAAAUUUGCCCUCGUCUUCUAAACUGAAAUGCUAAAUUGAACAGCGAAUGAAGAAUCAUUGCGCAGAGUCGGUAGGUUUUUCAUUUAGAGCCACUUUGUGGUUUCGGCAGUGAUUUUGUUUAUACGAAGUUUCUAAGACCAAUAUUGUAAAACGACCUUCAAGCUAUUUUCAAAGUCAAGUGUAAUGAUUCUGUGGAAGGUUUGAACCCAGGAGUCAUUUCAAAAGUAGGUUGAGUUUGAUCGUCCGGGUGAACGUAGUCCUGAAUAGGACUGUUGUUAACAGUGACUGACGUUUCGACAACCUCUGCAGUAGUCAUCUUCAGAGUGAAAGUGAGUUGUAUCACGUCAGUUGAUGGUAUUAUACUCUAGUUAUUGAUCUGAUUGGUAAAUUACGUCGCGAUGUUAUUGGUCGUCUGUCAGUUAAGCCGUGAUGUUAUCGGCUAUGAAGACUCGUAAUCAGUAAUUGGUGCGCCUUUGAUAUGGAAACGAUUUGUCAUUCUCGUGCAAAUAAAAGUCAUUUUCACAAGAAAGGUUGUGCACUUGGCCUCAUUUUGAAAGUGAGGGUUUUUGGAACUCGGAAGUGGCCUAUUACAACAGGUUCAGAAUACUGCCUGCAGCUGAUAGUUUGAACCUUAAACAUGAAUUACGAUCGAAAAAAGUAAAGUCACUCCGUAUCAUGCAGACAUUUCCAAACGAUAUUUCUUGGUUUUCCACUAGAAAAUCGUGUUUAACUUUUUGCAUGAAUUAAAGCAAAGGAUUAGUGAAGUCACUGGAUGGAAUUAACGGCUGGUCGAUUCAGACGUUAUUGAGGGAGUAAUAACGACUCGAAGUAAUCAGAUGAAAUUCAGGCUAUCGGUAAAGGUUGUUAUUGACUUAUCACCGCAGCACUUAGUCGAGCGCUUAUAUACAGCACGUUCACUAUCAAAAAGCAAAAAGUAUCGAGCCUGAAUAACAAGUACUACUUGAUCAGGUUGUUUAUGCGCCUUUUGGGUGAUGGUCUUGGACAUAGUUGCAAAAGUGUUCAAGGAGACUCCUGUGGGAGAAAACAGCAGUGGCGAAAAGGCACGUUCUUCAAGCCCUCUUUGUUUGAAGUGUGAAUAUUGUAAUAGGAUGGGCCAUUUUGUAUAUACCUUGUUCCCUUAGAAAGUGUGAGCAACAAAAAAACGUCCUCAAAUCCUGACAAGUGAAUACAGUGAAACCUUUAUGAAACAGACCCCUAAUUAAGGGGACACCCUCUAUUAAGCGGACACUAAGCCGGGUCCUGAAAUGAACAUCUUAUAUUUCCCUUUAUAACGAACCCCUAUUCAGCUGACACCUCUAUUAAGCGGACGCGGACACUAAAAUAAAUUGUAUUUCGCUAAUUUCUAUUGUUUAAAACCUCUAUUAAGCGGACACCGGAUUGAAUUGACAGUUCCUUGAAAUACGUACUGUAGUCGGUUAAUAAAGAUAAAUCAAUACAUUUAGCUGUCAGAAGACCGAUAUCCGGCCUUAUGAUUGUCAUCCGCGAUCAGAGUUAACCGAAAAGUCUUGCACAAAGUACGGCACAGCUUACUUAGUUUCCUUAACAACAUGGAACUUUAUCACGGUACAGAGUAACCGUUGAAUGUUAAUCGAUAACAAACAUUGCGCUAUUUUUACUAACCUCUAUUAAGCGGACACCCUCUAUUAAGCAGACAUUUGGGGUCCCGAAGGUGUCCGCUUUGUAGAGGUUUCACUGUAUGUUAUUUAACAAGUGAAAAUUAAUGGGUGUCAGGUAUCACAAAAAAAUGAGAGGAGACAUGAUAUACAGAACACUUAAACGAACGAGCAGUCGUAUUUAUUCAGCUCCAUAUACAUGUAUUGUGUACUGCAUUUUGUCCCCUUAGUCAGCAUAGUUAUGGCAGCUUUGCAUGAAAGAAUAUAUCCUUAAUUUAAGGGCCUUCCCGCCUCGCGGGUCUUAACUGUUUUCUGCUUUCUUUACCGGGGUGAGCGUGAUUCCAGAUUCUUAGUUGAUAUAUUUGCCCAGUGGUAUCCUUGCCUUCGUCUGAAAAACAAAAUAAAUUAAACAACCAAACUUGGUGUAGGAAAGAAGGACCAUGAUUUCCAGUUUCAGGAAUAGCGAGGUUAAGGGGGCAUUACAUUUAGCUUUUUGGGGAAAUGAUGUUGAUUUGGGAAGAAAAUAAAUUAGGGUUGAAAAGGUAUACACAUAAACCAGUGCAGUUAGUCCGCUGAUGGGAUGAGAAGCACCUUGUUGUGGUGGUGGACUAUCUGGUAAUUGUCUACAAAUUAUUCACUUCAUAUUUUAAUUUUUAACAACCCCCAAAUCCAAUUAUUUAUUUUCCCAUUCUCCCAAAAUUUUAAAUAUCUUCCUUCCUAGCCUGCGUAGCUGGCGGUAUUGUGUAGUAGUCGAGUGUUCAGAUCUGGCGGCGAAGCCACCAAAAGCGGCGUAAGCCGCGAGAAAUUCAAACGCCUCGUCCCCACUUUUUUUUGGAUCACGGCUCCGCCGCCAGAACUUAAAUGGUGCGCCAAGACAAUACCGCCAGCUACGCAGGCUACUCCCUCCCUAAAUUUUAUACAUUAAAAACAUCCGAAAAUCGUUGAAAAGUUGAUAAAUAAUUAUUGAAUUAAGGACUGUAACUUAAUUGAGUUAUUUUUGGAUUGAAUGGAAUUUUGGCUAGAUAUUUAAGAAAAAGGGUCGAAAUCAACGAAAAAUAACGCUUUUAACCGUACUGCCCACUUAAAGCCGUUGAAAACAUGAUAAGCUUGUCGAUACCAGAACCUCGUUAAGGUCGGAGGAGAGAUGACAGCCCGUGUACCAUGGCAGAAUGAUAGCUGAUUAAGGAAGGAAAGCUGACUGGCGAUAUUACCAGGGUUGUUUCCGUGACUUAAGAUGUUUACAAUCUGGGGAGCUUCAUAAUGUUUCUUAAUGUUCGCAGGAAUCCUCAAACGAACAUCUGUCCGCUCAAGGCCAUAAAGCAUGUUGACACGGCAAGAGAUUUAGGCAUUGUUCUAAAGAAAGAGAAUUCCUUUUCGUCCUGUAAACGGUAAUAGGGUCUGCUAUAAAGCGUGUUACUGAGUUUUAGUACACCUCAGUUGGAGCGAACAUGUUAAAGCAAUUGUGUUUAAAGCUGGCAGGCAGGUCGGUCUGUUAGGACGUGUUCGCCGUUAUAUCACCACACAUAGUGCCAAUGCCAUUUUUUAUCUACGAUUAGACCGACUUUAGAGUACGGUGCUGGGGUCUGGGGGUGCUGUGGUGAAGUAAAUAGUGGAACUCUAGAAACUCUGCGGAAGUGCGUUGGAAGAAUUGUAAUUAAAACACCUAGUAGUGACACUGCGACGAAAGCUUUGAAAUGGUCAAGUCUUAGGUCCAGACGCGAUGAACACAUCCUAAAACUUGUAAGGAAAUGUAUACAUUGCCGGUGCCCUCAGUAUUUUAAGAACUACUUUGUUUUUAACAAGGACAUUUGUGCUCGUUCAACGCGCCAGAGCAAUCUCUUGCAUGUACCUGCCAGAAGAACAGAAGUGGCCAAGAGAUCCUUUUAUUAUCAUGGAAUUAUGGUUUUUAAUAGUCAUCAUUGUAAAUGUCCUUAAUCUUAAAAGAUCUUGUUGUUAGUUCAUUUGUUAUAUUACCUUGUACAUAUUUCAUUAUUAUUAUUAUUAUUAUUAUUAUUAUUAUUAUUAUUAUUAUUACCGGUGUUCAACGGAUGACUUCAGCUCGGGUAAAUGACAGGAGGUGAUGAUGGUGAGACGUUUACAUGGCUUUUGUUCUGGUAAAGCAACAACACUAGCCUUCACAGGGGUAGCAGGCCUAUCUAAGUUAUGGAGCACGUAAGUUGGACGACGAGUUAUACCACCUUGUCAUCUGUUGUAUCAGUUGGUUAAGGUGUUAAACCCUGGCGGUGCCACACCUUCUGUGAGAAUUAAUAGUCGUGGUAUCCUGACAGGAUGUAGAUCACUACGCCUUUCCAACCAGUGGGCAGGACUUCCAUCAAUGGCUGAUAUUCUCAUUGGGAAAAAUCUUAGAUUGCUGACUCACGUGCAUAGGAUGGAUAAUAACAGACUACCGAAGAAGCUGUUAUUCUUUCAACUAUGUUUGGCAAUGCGUAAUCAGUAGAGGCCUGUUUGGUAAUGAGUAAUCAAUAGAGGCCUAGAUUAAGGUUCAAAUAUGUUGCUAAGAGAAAUAUGAAUCGGAGAGACAUCGAUUUCAACCGAUGGCAGGAGAGGGUCAACGACAGACCUACCUGGAGGAGACUUAUAAAACUGUGCUGAGCCCUACAACACUCUUAGUCGAAACGACUGACUGCUGACUGUGAUGAUUAUGGAUGGAAUGUUCGUUUAAAUAAAAACUGUUGUGUGUUAAGGAAAGAGUUAAUAUUCGUUAAUGCUAAAGCAUUUAUUAGCAGCUCUUACAGGACAGCACCUGAGGUAGUCAAGGAGAUACAAGGUAUUAAGGAAUGUAGCGCGUGAGUGUACUUUUUGGGUGAGCGAAAACUGGUCUAAACAUAGCUUAAUAAGUUAUGAGAGCGGGGUUUUUGUUUUGAAAAUUGAAGUUUGGGAAAGGUUUAUUGGAGUCAUAAUAGUAGUUUAGAUUUCACUAAUAGUAGACAAAUAAUGGAGCAGUAAAGGCUGUGGGGCGCUGAUCAAUCAUUUUACCAUACCUUAAGCAUGAAUAUGAAUGUUGAUAUACACCUAAUUAACAGGUUUAACGUGGGUCGCCAAUCGGUUUCACGUGCGAUUGCGUUAACUUCUGAUGAUAAAUAUUAAUUUGGCGUGGAAAUCGUUGAUUUUUACUCAGUUUUCAGUGGGGCCACGCAGAGGUGAACGGUCCCCCUUCCCACCCAGAAAAUCGCGUGGGUCGUAUUACUAACUACCUCUAAACCAAGCUGUCAACUUCUACCUGAGAACAGCCUGGCUUGCAAUGUGACUCGUCGGACGCCUGACACAAAAAUCUGUCGCGGUAGAAGGUCCAAAAGAGUUUCCAAACUGCUCCGCCUUAACGUUAAGAAUACGUAUUUUUCUGAGUCACUCAUCUCUUUGUGGUAAAACUACUGUUUGACUACUCCAAAUGAAUUGACCAAUUUCCAUAUUUUAGAAUUCAACCUCAAACAAUUCAAGGGUUUUGGGAAUGAGCAUCUGUAGAGAAAUAAAUUAAAGAUUUUUCAAAAGCAAUUGCUUUUUGAAAGCUCACGCGUGAAAAUAAGCAUGUUAUUUACCUAUCCCUCUGGGGUAUGUGACAUGUUCACCUGGUGUCGUACCAGGUGAAUAUAUCGCAUACCCUAUUGUUCCAGUUAAACAACCCUUACUUAAUUGUUCUUCAACAGUUUUUUCAUUGUUUUAGGUUUUGUCCUCAUUCUUGUGAGACCCAAUUAACGAAUUUUAAUUUUAGUGCAGCGAGGUGUUUUUAAGAAGGAAUAUUGGUCAUAGAAUCGAACCGCGGCAAACGAAAGUAAAUAUAGCAGCAAAAAAGAACAUGAUUGCGAAUAAAUGCCAAGAGGAUGAGGAAUAAAUCUUUGAAAGGAAUAUCGAUGACAUAUUUAGGAAUUGUUGGAUGAGGCUUAGCAUGAUCUGUUGAAGUAUGCAGGUCGAGGAGGGUGUGUGUAGCGUAUAUAUUAUUCACUUAAAGUAACUCUUAGUUUAAAACGUGCUUACUUCUUGUGGUGUCUUGAGUUCAUUACAAUUUUUCUGUUCUUUUGUAAAUUUUGGGUACAAAAGUCGUAAAGUCUAGCAGUGAUAUUCUUUGCCAGCUGGACGCAAACAGCUGAGCUAACGAAGCCUGACGUUCUCAAGGCUUCUCGGUCUCCGCCACUCUUUUUAGCGAUUACCCGAAUUAUUGAUGUCAUUUUAUUGGAUAUUCGAAAACGCAUUCCAAAUUUGGUCAACUCUAGAAUGUUAUGAAAAAUUAGCCGAGGAAUUUGAGGCAAUCAGCAACGGACUCAAACAGGUACCAGCAACCUUUCUUGGAAUAUGAACGUGUCUGAUCGGUGAGAUGGUAAAGAAAGCUUCUAAACGCCUGUAUUUUCUUAUAGGCAAUAAAAGCGCCAUUAUGUCGACAAGGCCGAUCUGCUUAGGUUUUACACAGGCUGUAUAAGGUCUGUUUUCAAUUACGCAAUUCCUGUGUUUCAUGCUUCGUUACCUCAGUACCUAAUAGACGAUUUGGCUCUCUCCAUCAUAUACCCCACCUAGCCUUAUCCUGCGACAACGCUCUACCUUCGUUAGACCUAGAAUUAUUACUAGUGGUUCAUUCUCAGCGCCUGUGUCAAUCCCUUUUCGAUAAAUAUCUUAGAUCACCGUCUUCUUCACUUACUGCCUGACUCGCAUAGUCACACCCUCAGGCAUGCCAGAACUUUUGAUGUCAAGUUUAAAACUUGCAGACCCAAGAAUGAUCUUUAAUUCCCAAUGCCUCCGGGUAAACUCAUCUAGAAUAGCCACCGACCAGUUCUUUAAAAAAAAAAAAACCUUUGUUCUUAUUUUAUAUAUUUUAUGUAUAUGUAGAUAUUCUUCCGAGUUAUAACUUUUUUAAAAUCGAUUGUAAUUUAUGCGUUUUCUAUAAUUUAGUAGUUUUUAUCUUGUUUACACGUAAUUUGCAGCUUCUGGCUGCGAUGUCUAUACCAAUAAAGUAUCUCAGAUUCAAGGUAGCGCUUUAUUCUUCUUAACCAACUUUAAUAGCACAGUUUAAGCCCAAGGGACGUUCAGCCAACCAUCUUGUAUAGUAGAAGGGGUCUAAAUUUCCCUGUACGUUGGAGCACAAGCAAACCAAACUUUAUACCCUCCUUUUUUUUUGGCUUUGAAGGAAUUUCAGUACAAUAUAGAAAUAAACCUUAGUCUUUGAUCAUUCCCAGCAGUGGGUUUGCAAGACUGCCAAUUUCCUGUAGGAGAUGGGUUGCUUGUGUAUAUAUGUGUAUCUAGAAUUUAGUUAGAAGAACAAAGGGUCUUGAAAUGCAUCGCUUACAUUUCAGUUUCAUGUGGGUCAGUAGUGAACAAUACAUUGAAAAGUCCUGCAUACUCAAAUGGCUUCUAUGCAGCCAGCAUGAGCUGCGUCUACAAUACUUCGAUUCCGGCUGGUAAAGCGAUGAGACUGAAGUUUCAAAGUUUUGACCUGGCGUCAGAUUCGGAAUGCAGGUAG